UUUACUAGGUUCCACAUGAAGGGCCAAUGUGUGAUCUCCUGUGGUCUGAUCCAGAUGAUCGAUGUGGUUGGGGAAUAUCACCUCGAGGGGCUGGUUACACCUUUGGACAGGAUAUAGCAUCUCAAUUCAAUCACACCAAUGGUCUCAAUCUGAUUUCUAGAGCUCAUCAGCUUGUGAUGGAGGGUUUUAAUUGGUGUCAGGAUAAGAAUGUUGUGACAGUAUUUAGUGCUCCAAACUAUUGUUACCGGUGUGGUAAUAUGGCUGCCAUUCUAGAAAUAGGCGAAAACAUGGAGCAGAAUUUCCUUCAGUUUGACCCAGCUCCUCGGCAGAUAGAGCCCGACACCACAAGGAAGACUCCAGAUUACUUUCUGUGAUUCCGAUACUUGUGCUUGACAGCAGGUAUGUUUCAGAAGUGGAGUUUUUGCUGGUUGAGGUUUAUUCUCGACACCAUUCUUUUGUUUGGAGCUCGACUACACCUAUGCCAGAGGCUCGCUAGAGUUGACGAAAUGCCUUAAGUGGUUUUUCAUGUAUAUUUUUCUGAAAUCGAAGUAACAUGGUACAUUCUGUUCUGUAAUUUGAAAUCUAACGUAAAAAAGCAGGUUUUUCCCUUUCAAAAGUCCAA